AUGCAGACAGAUGACUACAAUCACACUUCAGCUGUACUUAGGACAAGGCUCGAAAGACUUAUAAAGGAAAGAGAGUUACGGAAAUCUGUUAAGUCUCAGAAUGAAGAUGUUCAUGAAAAUGGAGGUGCGGAUAGUAUACAUGGGAAUGGGAAUUGCCAACGAGGAACUGAAAAGUUUCCUGUUGAAGAAGGAUUAUGGAUUCGACCUCCAACUACAAGACAAAGGUUAAUAGUGGUAGCCAAUCGUCUUCCAGUUUCUGCUACUAGAAAGGGCGAGACAUCAUGGCAACUUGAAAUGAGUGUUGGCGGAUUAGUCAGCGCACUUUUGGGCAUAACGGAAUUUGAAACCAGAUGGAUUGGAUGGGCCGGAGUAAAUGUACCUGAUGAGAUCGGACAGAAAUCACUAACUGAAGCACUUGCUGAAAAGAGGUGCAUCCCGGUUUUUCUUGAUGAAGAACUUGUUAAUCUCUAUUACAACGGAUAUUGCAACAAUAUCUUAUGGCCCCUCUUCCAUUAUCUUGGUCUGCCUCAAGAGGACCGGCUAGCUACCACACGUAGUUUCCAAUCACAAUUCGAUGCUUACAAAAAAGCCAAUCAAAUGUUUGCUGAUGUAGUGAAUGAGCAUUAUAUGGAAGGGGACAUCAUAUGGUGUCACGAUUACCAUCUAAUGUUUCUUCCAAAAUGUCUUAAAGAGCAUAACAGCAAGAUGAAAGUUGGUUGGUUUCUUCACACUCCAUUCCCUUCAUCUGAAAUUCAUAGGACACUGCCAUCUCGAUCCGAGCUGCUAAGAGCUGUUCUUGUAGCUGAUCUAGUUGGCUUCCACACUUAUGAUUAUGCAAGGCACUUUGUGAGUGCAUGCACUCGAAUUCUUGGACUGGAGGGUACUCCUGAAGGAGUAGAAGAUCAAGGGAAGCUUACUCGUGUUGCUGCGUUUCCUAUUGGGAUAGAUCCUGGAAGGUUCAUACGAGCUAUUCAACUUCCUCAAGUCCAAGAUCAUAUAAAAGAACUAAAGGAGCGAUUUGCAGGCCGAAAGGUAAUGUUAGGAGUGGAUCGCCUUGACAUGAUUAAGGGAAUUCCACAAAAGAUUUUGGCAUUCGAAAAGUUCCUAGAAGAUAAUCCGGAUUGGCAUGACAAAGUAGUAUUGCUCCAGAUUGCCGUGCCAACAAGGACUGAUGUCCCUGAGUAUCAAAAGCUUACUUGUCAAGUUCAUGAAAUCGUUGGCCGAAUAAAUGGAAGAUUUGGGAGCCUUACAACUGUUCCAAUUCAUCAUCUGGAUCGGUCUCUUGACUUUUAUGGAUUAUGUGCACUAUAUGCCAUUACUGAUGUGGCUCUUAUUACGUCACUAAGGGAUGGAAUGAAUCUUGUGAGUUACGAAUUUGUGGCUUGCCAAGCUUCAAAAAAGGGAGUUUUAAUCUUAAGCGAGUUUGCAGGGGCAGCACAGUCUCUCGGCGCAGGGGCUCUUUUGGUUAACCCAUGGAACAUAACCGAAGUGGCUUCUUCAAUUGCUUAUGCUUUGAACAUGCCUGCUGAGGAGAGGGAAAAACGACACCACCAUAACUUCAUGCAUGUCACUACUCAUACAUCUCAAGAAUGGGCUGAAACUUUUGUUAGUGAACUCAAUGAUACAAUUGUGGAAGCCCAAUUGAGGAUCAGACAGAUUCCACCUGUACUUCAAACGGAAGAGGCAGUCGGGCGUUAUUUGGAUUCCAACAACCGUUUACUCAUUUUGGGUUUUAAUGCAACGCUGACGGAACCUGUGGAGUGUGAUAGAAGGGUUGAUCAGUUUAAAGAAAUGGAACCAAGACUUCACCCAGAAGCAAAAAAAGCCUUAAAGAAGUUGUGUGAAGAUCCAAAGACCACAGUUGUUGUCCUAAGUGGAUGCCACCAUUCCAUCCUUGAUAAGAACUUUGGCGAAUUCAGUAUAUGGUUGGGUGCUGAACAUGGUGUGUUUCUAAGAACACCAAACAAGAAAUGGAUCAGAAACUUGCCAGACGUACACAUGGAUUGGGUUGACAGUGUUAAGCAUGUCUUUGAGUAUUUCACUGAAAGAACACCACAGUCUUGCUUUGAGCUUCGUGAGACAUCAUUGGUUUGGAAUUACAAGCACGCAGAUAUUGAGUUUGGGAGGCUUCAAGCUAAAGACAUGUUGCAACACUUGUGGACCGGACCCAUAUCAAAUGCAUCGGUAGAAGUUGUUCAAGGGGGGAGGUCCGUUGAGGUUCGCGCAAAUGGAGUCACCAAGGGUGCUGGGAUCAAACGCAUAUUAGGACAAGUCAUACAUUACAACGACAUGAAGGAACCCAUUGACUACGUCUUGUGUGUUGGUCAUUUCCUUCCAAAGGACGAGGAUGUCUACACUUUUUUUGAGCCAGAACCUCCAACUCCAGUGAGAACAAGCUUAUCAAGUCCAGUUAAUGGAUUAUCUUUAGAUCGCAACGGAUCUGGGGGAUUAAGCAUUAAAAAAGCCAAUCCAUUUUCAGCUUCAGACAGUAAUGAUGAUAUUACUAGCAAUGGGGAUGGGUAUGUGAAUAGUAGUGCGCCAUCAAUACUCGAUCUCAAUAGUAACCAUUACUUCUCUUGUGCUGUUAAAAGAAAGCGUUCCAGCGCCAGGUAUCUGUUAAAUUCAUCGGCUGAUGUUGUAUCCCUCUUGAAACGGAUGUCGGAUAUGAGUUUAGCUAGUUGA